UUUGAUCUUUAUUUUCGAAAAAAUCCAUUUGGUGGUGAAUUUACUUUAUUUGCUGGUUUAGAAGAAUGUUUAAAAUUUAUAAAUAAUUAUAAAUUUCAAUCGAGUGAUAUUGAUUAUCUUCGAACAACAUUACCAAAUUAUAUUGAAAAAGAAUUCUACGAUUAUUUAAGCGUACUUAAUAUGAAUGAUAUCAAAAUUUAUGCUCUCCCAGAAGGUUCGGUAGUAUUUCCUCGUUUACCAUUAUUACGAAUCGAAGGACCUAUAUUAAAAGGUCAAUUACUUGAAACAACUCUUUUAACAUUAGUUAAUUAUGCAAGUUUAGUCGCAACAAAUGCAGCUCGAUUUCGUGCGACAACAGGACCUGAUAAAUCUUUUCAUGAAUUUGGUCUUCGACGUGCUCAAGGUCCAGAUGGAGGUUUAAGUGCAUCGAAAUAUUGUUAUUUAGGUGGAUUUGAUGGAACAUCAAAUGUAUUAGCAGGAAAACUCUAUGGAAUUCCUAUAAAAGGAACACAUGCACAUGCAUAUGUUAGUUCAUAUAAAAAUCUUGAUGAUUUAAAAAUUCGAGAAUUAGCUGAUUGUCAUAGUGGUGAAUUGCGACCAUUUGUUGAUUUAUGUUUAAAAUAUCUUAAUGAACUUGGUCCAAAACUUAAAUUUAUUCCCGAAGAAACAAAUAAAGGCGAAUUAGCUGCAUUUAUUUCAUAUGCAAUUGCAUUUCCAACUGGAUUUUUAGGUUUAGUUGAUACAUAUGAUGUUCUUAAAUCAGGUUUACCAAACUUCUUAUCUGUUGCUUGUGCUUUACAUGAAUGUAAUUAUGAAGCAAUGGG